AUGGUUCUCCUAAGCUCGAGUGAAGAAUGGCAGCAGCAGACCUCGCUGUUGCUGAAGGCACGGCCGACCACGGCCCGGAUCACGACGAAAUACAACAUACCGAACCUCGAAUCGCCUAAAUAUCAGCAGAAGCUGAAGAAGAGGAAAAGAGAAGCGGAUAGCGAGGAGAAGGAAAGCGGCAAUGCAGCACCUCUUGUCCCACGCGCGACUUUGACACUCAAGACCUACGACCCGGAGUCCGGCGUGACUCUGAAAUUCAAGACAGACAGAGCUGCAGAAGUAGCGCGUCUGAUCAAUGGCCUGGGCCGGGUUGGGCGACACAUGGCAGCACUUCCGGAGAAAGAAGGUGCUCAAGAUGCAAUCAUGGAGGAUGCUCCAGGACCAGAACAGGCCUCUGAGGACGUGAAGACUUCUGUGCCGGCCCCAAGCGAAACGAAAACCCAGCCGCAACAAACGGGAGGCGGUGGAAAGAAGAAAAAGAAGAACAAGAAGUGAUUCUGCAGCAUACCGCUCGCUCCUGGACGGUGUCUUGCUGCCUUCGCCCGCCGGCAUCAGCUGAUUCGGG